AAAUUUAAAACAAGUGAAGUGAGCACAGUGAAUUUUAAUUGUAGAUAAUUAGUUACAAUUGAAAAAUAAAUGAUUAGAAAAAACUGAUAAUUAUUUAAACAGGUACUAAUAACUUUUAUAUUUUAUGGACGAAAUGACAUUGAGCUCACCGUUUGGUCUAAUCAUAUCAGUUAAUAUUCAAUAUUAUUUAUGAUAUGUGUAAAUUGUACAAGGAAAAAAAAUUUUCACAUUUUUUUUUAAAUUAAGUAAGCUAAAAGAAGAAUAUUAGUCUUCACUAACUAUUCAAAUUUACAAUACACAUAAUAAUAAUAUGAAUUAUUUAUAUUUUUUAGUAAUAUUUUUUGUGAUUAAAUAUUCAACUCAAUUAAAACCAACAGAGGUUAUUAAAACUGACAAAGGUCCAAUUCGGGGUAAAAUUUUACAGACUGUUGCAAAAAAUAUUCCUUUUUCGAGUUUUGAAGGCGUUCCAUAUGGCAAACCUCCUAUUGGUCCUUUGAGAUUUCAACCUCCAGAAGAAGUUGAUGAGUGGAAGGAUGUUCGUAAUACCACUAGAGAAGCAAGUGUUUGUCCUCAAUGGAAUUAUGAAGACAGUUUCUUUGAUGGACAUGAAGACUGUCUUUAUCUUAAUGUUUACACGCCUAAAGUUAGUAUUAUCAAUUCUACGGAUAAUAAAUUACGCGCCGUAAUGGUUUGGAUUUACGGAGGAGCUUUCGUUACCGGAUACGUCAAUAGAACAAGAUAUGGUCCAGACCUUUUAAUCGAAGAUGACAUUGUAAUUGUUGCGAUGAAUUACCGCCUAGGAGCUCUUGGAUUUUUAGCACUGAACAUUUCAGAUGCGACUGGUAAUGCGGGAUUGAAGGACCAGACUCUUGCGUUACAGUGGGUGAAGCGAAACAUUGAUAAAUUUGGAGGUGACCCUAAUCGAGUAACUAUUUUUGGACAAAGCGCUGGGUCUGCAAGUGUUGGGUUCCAUGUUUUAUCUCCUCUUUCUAAAGGAUUAUUUCAUGGAGCAAUAUACAUGAGUGGAACUCCCUUGAAUUUUUGGGCAUUUUAUCGACCAGAUGAAGCUAUUUCACGGAGUUUUUAUCUCGGAGAAAUAUUAGGAAUUAUUACUGACAAUAAAACAGCUCUUCUAGAAAAAUUAAAAAGUGUCACGGCUGAACAAAUUAUUGAAGCGACAAAAAAUAUGACCCUUCUUGACUUACCAUUUAAUCCAACGAUCGAAUCCCCUUCAGUAUCAAAGACUCCAUUUUUAAACGAAUGUUCAACAAAGAAAUACGAGUCUGGUGACUUCAAUCAUGUCCCGCAAAUAAUCGGGUUCGUUAAUGUAGAAACUUUAUCAUUUGCCUCAGACGUUACGAUUUUUUUGCAGUCUGUAAAUCAAACGAUUAAUCAAUUUAUCCAUCUACCGGGAGUAAACACUAUUUUAAACUUAGACAUACUCAAGAAUAUAGUAUCAACAGGCCUGAGUGAUUUGGGUACUUUAACGGUCGAUGUAAUUGAUGUAGUAACGGACUUGACCACAGAUAUAGCUUUCAAGGACGGUAUUGACCGUACUCAGAAAUAUUUGAUCAAGAACAGUAAACAACCGAUUUAUUACUAUAAAAAUUCGUUUGAUUAUCCUCAAGCGAUCCACAAAGUUGAGGGAAAUUUUUUGAAUGGUACAGCUCACUCUGACGACAUUGCUCAUGUUUUUUGGGUGUCUCAUAGGAAUCAAAGUCUUAAUCCUCAGAGUUCUAUCUCCAAGCAGCGUAGUAAGAUGGUUAAACUAUGGAGUAAUUUUGCUAAAUAUGGGAAUCCGACACCAAAUGCAACAGAUCCAAUACUAGAAGAUCUAAACUGGCCGGCAUCAGAUUCCGAUGGUACAUGUUUGGAAAUAGACAAAGAUUAUUCAAUUGGAAAAAGACCAAUUAAACCUGUGAUGAAACUUGUACAAAAGUUACUUAAUACUUUACGUCCUGCAGAUAAUGGAUGUUAA